AAGCUUAAUAUAUUGAGCCAGUCUUUUUUUCCCGGCCUAUAUAAAGAACCCCAUAGCUCACAAUCCAAGAAAUUUCAGAAAAUCUAAUUUUCUUCCUCUCCAAUUUCCUAAAAUCUUGCUGCUCUUUUCUUCUCUCUCUACAUUUUGUUUAGUUGCCAGAAGAAAAUGGGUGUUCAGGAACCGGAUCCUCUUACACAACUAAGCUUGCCACCCGGGUUUCGGUUUUACCCGACUGAUGAAGAGCUUUUAGUUCAAUAUUUAUGCCGUAAAGUUGCUGGCCAUGAUUUCUCCCUACCAAUCAUUGCAGAAAUUGAUUUGUACAAAUUCGAUCCAUGGGUUCUUCCAAGUAAGGCGAUUUUCGGAGAAAAGGAAUGGUACUUCUUCAGUCCAAGAGAUAGAAAGUAUCCGAAUGGAUCUCGACCAAACAGAGUAGCUGGCUCUGGGUAUUGGAAAGCAACUGGAACUGAUAAAGUAAUUACUACUGAAGGUAGAAAAGUUGGAAUCAAAAAGGCUUUAGUGUUUUACAUUGGUAAAGCACCUAAAGGAACAAAAACUAAUUGGAUUAUGCAUGAAUAUAGACUCAGUGAAUCUUCAACCAAAAGUGGAAGUUCAAGGUUGGACGAUUGGGUUCUAUGUAGGAUUUACAAGAAGAAUUCCGUUGGACAAAAACUGAGUAGUUCUGAUUUACAGAGUAAGGAUAUAAGCCAUGGUUCAUCAUCAUCCUCUUCGUCUCAAUUUGACGAUAUGCUGGAAUCUCUACCAGUAAUUGAAGACCGGUAUUUCUCAUUACCGAGAGUGAAUUCCAUUAGGAAUAUUCAACAAGAUGAUGACAAGCUCAAUCUUCAACAAUUGGGUUCUGGGAAUUUCGACUGGGCAACUCUAGCUGGAUUUAAUUCGUUUCAUGAAUUGACCACCGGAAAUCAAGCACCAGCAACCGGAAAUCAAACUCCGGUGCUUGUGAACAUCAAUCAGUAUCACAAUCACAACAACAAUUUGAAUAAUAUGAAUGAAUUUUUCGCCAACCCAACGGCGUUAAAUUUUCACGGCGAAGCUAAGUUUGAAGGAGGAGUUGAUCAAGAAGUAGAAAGCAGUGUUAGAGCUCAACGACUUAACAGCGUUAACCCGGGUUUCUUCCCGGAGAACUCAACCGGGUUUCCGGGCACUUAUACGAACUCGGUGCCUGACCCGUUUGGGAUUCGGUACCCGACCCAAACAGUGAAUGUGGGGUUUACUGGGUAAAUAGUGAAAAGUUAGAAGCAUUGGAAAGGGUAAAAUGUGAAUGUUCCUAGAUUAACUUCAAGACAAUUUGGAAAAAAUCGUCACGAUUAUUGCGGUGAAAAGGGCAUUUAUUCUUUGGUUGGGGACUAAAAAUAGCAACAAAAAAAAAAAAAAAAGUUCACAAGAUUUGUUCAUGCAAUUAUGAACAUAUACAA